CUCGGCCUUUUGUCAGCGCAUAGGGCGGGGAGCUCGCACGCCCUCCAGCCUCCCGCGGGCUCUGGAUUUGAUUCUAGCUGAAUCUCCAUUGGGAACGCGGAUGAGGGCCUUUGUCCCGCGCUGCAGGAUGCGCGGGAAGCGCCGCGCUCUGGAGUAGCCCAGACCUGGGAAGCUGUCCCGGAGCCGCCCAGACGCGCCCGGAGGCCACCGGGGAUGGACGUGAGGCCGAGCGAGAGGGCCAAGUUCCAGUGGGUUCUGUGAUAUGGAGCUCCCAGGUUGUCCCUGAGAAGAAAACCCUUUGAUGUUCCCAACACCGUCAUCAUGACUCCAGUUUCCUCCUGUCACAUGCGGUUUCUGUCAGUGAUGGCAGCUGUGCCCGCCUGAGUGUGUGAGGUGUGGAUUUGGCCCGGCCUCCUGAGCCUGAAGCAGGUGCAGACCUGGCACUGAAGACAGAGACUGGACAGGCCAGGAUCAGCCCUCUGGAUUCCAGGAGAACAUUGCAGCCCCAGCUGGAAAAUGAGUGAAGACACCAUCCCAGAGGCGGCCUCCCCACCGCCUGCGCAGGGGCAGCACUACUUUGACAGGUUCUCUGAAGAAGAUCCUGAAUACCUUCGCCUUCGGAACCGUGCAGCCGAUCUGCGGCAGGACUUCAAUCUGAUGGAGCAGAAGAAGCGAGUCACCAUGAUCCUGCAGAGCCCUUCUUUCAGGGAGGAGCUGGAAGGUCUCAUCCAGGAGCAGAUGAAGAAGGGCAACAACUCCUCCAACAUCUGGGCUCUGCGUCAGAUUGCAGACUUCAUGGCCAGCACCUCCCAUGCAGUCUUCCCGGCAUCUUCCAUGAAUUUCUCCAUGAUGACGCCCAUCAAUGACCUCCACACUGCCGACUCCCUGAACCUAGCCAAAGGAGAGCGGCUGAUGCGUUGCAAGAUCAGCAGUGUCUACCGGCUGCUGGACCUCUAUGGCUGGGCACAGCUCAGUGACACCUAUGUCACGCUGAGAGUGAGCAAGGAGCAGGACCACUUCCUCAUCAGCCCCAAGGGUGUUUCCUGCAGUGAAGUCACAGCCUCCAGUCUGAUCAAGGUGAACAUCCUGGGAGAGGUGGUAGAGAAGGGCAGCAGUUGCUUCCCAGUGGACACGACAGGCUUCAGUCUGCACUCUGCCAUCUACGCAGCCAGGCCAGACGUGCGAUGUGCCAUCCACCUACACACACCUGCCACAGCAGCGGUGUCAGCCAUGAAGUGUGGCCUCCUGCCAGUCUCUCACAAUGCCCUGCUGGUGGGGGACAUGGCUUACUAUGACUUCAAUGGAGAAAUGGAGCAAGAAGCAGAUCGCAUCAACCUGCAGAAGUGCCUUGGACCCACCUGCAAGAUUCUGGUGCUAAGAAAUCAUGGUGUCAUUGCCCUGGGCGACACAGUGGAAGAAGCGUUCUAUAAGAUCUUCCACCUACAGGCUGCAUGUGAGAUACAGGUGUCAGCUCUGUCCAGUGCUGGGGGAACAGAGAACCUCAUCCUCCUGGAACAGAAGCACCGGCCACAUGAGGUGGGCUCUGUGCAGUGGGCUGGCAGCACCUUUGGGCCCAUGCAGAAGAGCCGACUAGGCGAGCAUGAGUUUGAAGCCCUCAUGAGGAUGCUGGACAAUCUGGGCUACAGAACAGGCUACACAUACCGCCACCCCUUUGUCCAAGAGAAAACUAAACACAAAAGUGAAGUGGAGAUCCCAGCCACAGUCACAGCCUUUGUGUUUGAGGAGGAUGGAGCCCCAGUGCCUGCCCUGCGCCAGCAUGCCCAGAAACAACAGAAGGAAAAGACCCGCUGGCUCAACACACCCAACACCUACCUGCGAGUGAACGUGGCAGAUGAGGUGCAGAGGAACAUGGGCAGUCCCAGGCCCAAGACCACAUGGAUGAAGGCUGAUGAGGUAGAGAAGUCUAGCAGUGGCAUGCCCAUACGGAUUGAAAACCCAAACCAAUUUGUGCCUCUCUACACUGACCCCCAAGAAGUGUUGGACAUGAGGAACAAGAUUCGAGAACAAAACCGACAAGAUGUGAAGUCAGCAGGACCUCAGUCCCAGCUCCUGGCCAGCGUCAUCUCGGAGAAGAGCCGGAGCCCGUCUACAGAGAGCCAGCUGAUGUCCAAGGGUGAUGCAGAUACCAAAGAUGAAUUAGAGGAGACGGUACCCAACCCCUUCAGCCAACUCACCGACCAGGAGCUAGAAGAGUACAAGAAAGAGGUGGAAAGGAAGAAACUGGAACAUGAGCAGGAUGGAGAGAAGGAAACAGCCAGUGAAGAGCCUGGCUCACCUGUGAAGUCCACACCCGCUUCCCCAGUGCAGAGCCCGGCAAAGACAGAGACAAAAAGCCCUGCAGUCUCUCCCUCAAAGUCUGCAGAGGAUGCCAAGAAGACAGAAACCCCUGAAGCCACCACAGAGCCCGAGCCAGCCAAACCAGAAGGGGCGGUGAUAAAUGGAAGGGAGGAAGAGCAGAGCGCCGAGGAAGUCCUCAGUAGAGGCCUGGGCCAGAUGACCACCAAUGCUGACACAGACGUCGACAGCUCCAAGGACAAAACCGAGUCAGUCACCAGCGGCCCCCUGUCCCCAGAGGGCUCACCCUCCAAGUCACCCUCAAAGAAGAAAAAGAAAUUCCGAACCCCCUCCUUCUUGAAAAAGAGCAAAAAGAAGGAGAAGGUGGAGUCCUGAUUGGCAGCUAGGCAGGCUCCCACUGCAUCCUUACCCUCCUUCCCUGCCCUUCUCCCAAUUCUGCCCCUGGAGCACAGGGCCAAGGAGAGGUAGAGGAGGACCUGGGAACACACUCAGAGGGGAACCUAGAGAUUACCUGGCCAACCCUUCACUCCAGUUACCCCAGAGCACCAGAUGGCUUGCCCAAGGUCACAACUAGCUGGCAACAGGGCCUGCCCUAGAGCUGGGCCUCCCAUUCCCGACGCCCAUGGUCAGGCUCUCUCCUCUAUACAACACUGCCUAGUCCAGGGCCACCUCUGAGUAAGGUCCAUCUCUUCCCAGGAACCCCCUGCUGCUGGACCUGUCUCCACAGAAAGAAGCCCUGCUUCUCGUCCAUUUUGGGUCCUUCCCUUACCGCUCAAAGUAACCAGGCGUUUCUGAAUUGUCCCCGCCAAUAGAAGUUAAUCUCUAUUCCCCGGGCUGAUGGCUUAGCUUGUUCUUCCCUAAACACUGACCCUGAGCUUUCCUCAUGGAACCUCUUGAGUGAUGGAUGGAAGAGCUCUAAAAGCUGACAGCCUGAUGGGUGGGGAUGGUUUAACUGGUCUAGGAGCCCAGGAACCUGGCCUGUCUGUACUGUGCAUCUUAAGUGCUUCAAGACUAAACCGAGUUAUAACAUAAGGAAAGGUUUUAUACUCAGGGCAGAAGUUUUGGCAAGCCUGAAUCCUGUUUUGAGUUGUACAGGAGGAGAAGACACCGCUUUAGCUUUGCAUGGUGUGCAGGGCUACACCUGCCUCUCUUGUCUGGCAGCCAGGUGCCCUAGACCUUCCCACACAACCAGGAGCACAUGCCCUCACCUCAAUUGUGACUCUUUUGGGUUCCCAACUCCAAGUCACAGUAGGUCCAGCAGAGGAGGGUCAAACAUAUGUCCUUCCGGAGCCAUUCUCUUGGACUAACCCUCAGAGAAAUGCCUGGGUAUCCCCAGCCCUGUCACACUCUGCCCAUCUCAGGGCCUGGUAAUAGGCACAGCUUUUAUUGUAAAUACCAACGCUUAUCCAUAUUUCUUCCACAGGGCAUUGGUUAAUGAACACUGUUGACUCUGAGACAAUCCAAUCUCUUUAAUGCACAGUGUCUUCAAAGAGCAUUUCUUCUUUUAGUCCUGAUUAUUGUAAAAAAAAAAUUUUUUAAUUCCUGACUGAGCACCAUUUUCCAUUUGUAGACACUGCAGGCUUUACCCUCUGCCCUCAAAAUAAUCCCGUGGGGUGGCUAAGAUUCUUCCCAUUUUAUAAUAAGGAAACUGAACCUCCAAUAUGGAUAACUGACUUGCUGAGCAAGAUCUGAUGUCUGGAUUUGAACCCAGAUCAGCCUGAGCUCUGAUCCUUACUCUUCCCAUCUGUACUGAAUAGACAGCUUUAAACCCCAAGAACAGUGGCCUCAGUCCAUUAGCUAUUCCUGCAGCUGGUCUUGCUGCAUGGUGUUAGUGCUUGAGAUGAAGGCAGAGCCCAUCCUCGGUGGUACAGGCUCAGCUCCAGUCAAUGUGGGGAAUGGUGUCAACAGAGGCCAAAACCCACUAUUUUGUGGUUUCUUGAGUAAACAGACCUACAGCUAAGCUCAGUGCUGAAAACCUAGUACAGGCCUCAUUUCUGUUCUGCUUCCUGGUUGGGUCAAGUCUUAUGAUGGAUACCCUAAUGGCCAGGCACAUGAAUGUCCAGCAAGGAACUGUCUUCAAAGGCCAAGCCUUUGAUGUUUUCUUAAAUAUAGAUCUCGUACAUAGCCAUUCACCCUUCCUUAAUAUUGGUUAAGCAUCCAUAUUGUGUCAGACAUUGUGCUGACAUUAAAAGACAUAGGAAUCUAUGCCCUAGGAGGCAACGUUUUGUGUGGGAGUGGCCACUGCUCAGAGAUGAUGUCCAUCCAUCGACUGCUCAGCGUGCUCUUUUUAAUCCCCAUACAACAGCAAGGCUUGUUCAGGUUAAAACACCAGAGCUUUGCCAGAGUAUCAUCCAUGGAAUCUAGGCCAUGAAUUCAGCUUGGGUGACAGGUGGCCAUGAGGGUAGGACACAGAUUCAGCCCUCAAGGGAUCUGUGAGCAUGAGAAGCUCACAGAAUGGGCAAAGCACACAGGGGGCCUAGGGCAGCAAGGACUGACCAUCCGACCAUGGUAUGGAGGGCAAGGAGACGUUCCUGAAAAUAGAUGGCUAAGUUAUGUGUUCAAAACAAACUUCCCAGAGAAACAAGAAUCAGCAGGGAGUUCCAGGAUAAGGGAAGAAGAUGGACAGAUAUAGAACCAUGGAACUCCAUGCUGUGUCCCACUGGGCCUUGUGGUGUGAAAGGCAGGGAGCGGUUCACAUCACAGGUAGACAGUGCUGGAUCAUUAGGGUACUCACAGACAACAUGAGAACCUGGAUCUUACCAUGUCCCUGCCCCCAAGGGCUGUUAAUUAGGGUAGAAUCAUUCAUAGUCACGUUUUGUAGAAGCAUCCCUGUGGCCGAGAGGAAGGCUCAGUACCGGAGUACUAGAGAUGUGAUGGGGCUUUACAGCGAGGCAGUGUAGAAGCCCAUUUGAUGGCCACACUCACUCUGCACUAUACUCCAUAAAACCAGUGAGUUCCCAGCCCAGAAUUUCUUUCAUAGAAUUUUUUUGGCUAAAACAUCUUGAAGGUUUUCAGUGAGCCAAUGCUAAAUGCACAGUUUCAGGUCCUAUUUUGCUUUGGGGUGAGAUCACAGGAGAACUGUGGAACAUUCUGCCAAUUUCCUUCUUUGUACACAAAGGAUGUGAUAUGCACAGCUCCAAGUGCCAUAGAAACAGAUACAUAGUCCAGACAGGUCCACCACCUGGGCAUUUCUUUGGCUCUGCAUUAAAAUUGGGUCAAGGUUCACUGGCAAGGAGUGUUUGUGAGCUCAGAAUUUACAGAUGUCAGCUCGUUUCUAGCCUAGCCACUGUGCUCAAUACUGAAAAGGAUUAAGAAGGUUUGGGCCAGUGUGUUGUAGUGUGGCCAGCUGAGCUAGAAGUGGAGUGGCCUCUCAACCUGUUUUCAUGGACAAGUGAGCAGGAAAAGGGCAGAGAAAGAUAAGCCUGGCUCCUGUGACAUCACACACUAGGAGCAGUUGUGAUUUGGGAGAGUCACCCAUUCUGUGUGACUUUUCCCAGACUGCAAAGAAAACCAAAACAAACAUAAGCAAAAAACUGCCAAGAGAGGUCCUAUACCCCCGCCCGGGUUUGGGCUCUUAUUAGCUGACCCAACUUCCCAGACUGUGUUUUUUAUCUCUAGAAGUUCAUUUAGGUGAUUUACAUUUUCUAUAGGGUACAGGUGAAGGUACACCGGGGCUUCAUAAAAGACUAAUAGAAAAUGAUAGAAAACCUCUGCCUUCUUAAGCCAGGUUAUGUGCAUAAAAGGAACCCAGUAAGGAGCGAAAGGUUCAUCCUCUUUGGAUAGAGGAUGUGGGGGAUGUGGACAUGUCUCUCACAAACCCAUUGUAAGGCAUUGUAAGCAGUCGUGGUUUGGGAGACCCAAUCAUGGAGACAUACCUGAAAUCCUAGCUCCUGAGGGAUGGUGACAUGGCAAGAUGGCAGGCGUUGUUUUGGCACUGUUAUAACAGAGUCACCUCACUACUCUUGUCCACAUGAAAUGCUAUAAUAGAUCUAGAAGUUAGAUCUAGUCUAGAAAUUUAGUCAUGAGUUUGAAGUUUUUAGGACGCGAUGAGUAAGAGACAGGACAAGGGCCUCUAUAGGCCAAUGUGCCAGGCUUUUUCCCAAGUGUGAAUCAGUUCUUGACUGUUGGGCAGGUGAAAACAUAGCCCUUGCUCACUUACAUGUGUGGGUCCACAGACACUCUCGGGUGCUUGGCACAGCUGCAGUCCAUCUUGAGCAAAGAGGCCCAAGGUUUCUUACAUCUUUCUUCACUGAGCCUAACUGGAACUCUCCAAGAGUACCAAACUCAGAGUCUGAGAGCUCAGGGAGAGGGCAAACCUCCACUGUCCACUCCCACAGAAAAGAACAGGAUACCCCACAGCUUAAAACACAGUAGGACAUUGAGCCUGUUCCACACAUUUUGUGAAGAAGGAAGUAGCCUGAGGGGACUGAAGUUCUUGAAACUGUCCUCCACAGUGUGAAGAGGCACACUCAGUGCUGUAACUGCUUCCCAGAGCCCUGUCUACACAGGAAGUGGCACUCCGUCAGAAAUGAGAGGCCACAGGUGGAGCUCCGGCCCCAAGGCACCCCACUGCCUUCUGCUUCACAGGGUAAGCCACCUUGCCCAGCAGUCUACACUCUUUAGUGGAGAAACUCUCCCAUCACCUUUAUGUUGAUGGUACCCUGGGGAAAGUUGGCUUCGUAGAAACAUUUAGCAAGACUCUCCAUGUGAGAUGUCCCCAGAAAGUAUGGAAGUCGUGGUCUGCCUCAGUAUCAGUUGGCAUUAGAUUUUUGCCAAAUUGAUGUCUGUGCCACUUGCCUUCAAGUUUUCCUCAAAAGAUGAGCCAUCACUUUGAGAACUUAGGGCCCCAGAAAGAAGACGCUCAUGAUGUAAGGAAGGGCUCGGAUGUGGUUGGGCAGAGAAGGCAGAGUCUUCCACAGGAACUAGGUCCUCGACUUCUUCCUUACCACUCUCUCCCAAGCACCAGGGUGAGGCUGGAUGGAUCCCAAGAACACUUAUUUCUUGGGUAGAGAUGGCAUUGCUAGAGCUCAAGGGAUGGUAUGAAAGACCUAACUUCCCUUCCACUCCUGCAAACCACCCUGUAUAGCUUUUAAAGCCCUUUUAAUGUGAAUCAAGGUGACAGUUGAACCUAAGCCAGGGAGCCACACUUGAGAAACAUCACAGACCCUUCCAUAAUGGGAAUAUGUUUUAGGAAACCACAUCCCAUCAUUUCAAGACUCUGUGCCUGUGACUCUUGCUAUGUGGAUGGUUGAUACCCAGGACUGUGCCACCUGUAAAUCCCUGUAAUCUGCUGAGAGUGCUGAGUCCCAGGGUCCUCCACCCUCUCUGAGAAGAGGCCAGGAGGGAUGGUUGUGGCAGGCAAGCAGGUGCUGGGCCUGGCAAGACCCAUAGGGUACAGGGCCACAGGAACCCAGGGAGUGUGGUAUCUUGUAAUGCUGUGGAUGGUUUCAGUGAAAUAUCUGACAGUCGUCAUAUGAGAGCACGGUUUACUGUCUUCCUUUGUACAUACACUGUGUUUGACUUUUCUAGUAUUGUGAGGUGUCAAAGAGGGGUUCCAUGUAAAUACUCUGUAUGACAUGCCCCACCCCCAUCACGCAUCAUCCCCAAAAAUGGUUCUGCCUUUCUCUGUGCUAACACUUUAAGCCACUGAUGUGUGGGUGGAUGGUUAGGCUCUUGGGCUUUUAUUUUGCAAUUUUUUAUAUAUAUACAUAUAUAAUAUAUAUUUAUGGGUUGGUUUUGUAUGGUUUUCUGUUUGAAUCUGAGCACCAAAGCUACCCUUUAACUUUCAUGAGAACUUUCCAAAGCCACUUCCGGGCCCUUGGGUUGCUUUGGUGUCUGACUAUGUUUGGGGUGGACUCUGCCCGUGGGUUUCUGUGUGUGUGCUGUAAUUUCACCUGCAGAUAUUACCCUAGUAAACCAGACGUGCUUGGCUUCCCA